UCGGCGGAGGCGCAGGACGGGCUCGGCGCCGCGCAGCGAGGAUGGCAGCGCGGGGCUCGGGGCCGCCGCUCCCGCUCCUACUGCUGCUCCUGCUCCUGCUGCCCGGGCGCGGGGCUCGGGGCGACCGCCACGCCGUGCACUGGAACAGCUCCAACCCGCACCUCCGGCGGGAGGGCUACACGGUGCAGGUGAAUGUCAACGACUACCUGGACAUCUACUGCCCACACUACAAUGCCUCGGUGCCCGAACACAAGCUGGAGCAGUACGUCCUGUACAUGGUGAGCGCUGAGGGCUACCGCACCUGCAACGCCAGCCAGGGCUUCAAGCGCUGGGAGUGCAACCGGCCUCAUGCACCUCACAGCCCCAUCAAGUUCUCAGAGAAGUUCCAGCGCUACAGCGCCUUCUCGCUGGGCUACGAGUUCCACGCUGGCCACGAGUACUACUACAUCUCGACCCCGACGCACAACCACCGCCGGGCCUGCCUGAGGAUGAAGGUGUUCGUGUGCUGCGCCUCCCCAUCACACUCCGGGGAGAAGCUGGCACCCACCCUCCCACCAUUCACUAUAGGGCCUGAGGUGAAGAUCGAGGACAUCGAGAACUUCAACCCCGAGGUGCCCAAGCUGGAGAAGAGCAUCAGUGGCACCAGCCCCAAGCGGGAACACUUGCCUCUGGCCGUGGCUGCUGCGCUCUUCCUCAUGAUGCUUCUGGCCUCCUAGCUUGGCGGUGCCGGUGCGGGGGCUGAGCCAGGAGUGGCCCCUUUGGCGCCUGGACAUGCCUGAGCCGCCACUUGUCACGGACAGAAGGGGGGAGCCAGCCCUGUCCCGAUGCAGCAAACACACUGCUGCAGUCUGAGCCCGCAUCUGCCUAGCGCGCCACAGGGCCACGUCUGGGGGACAUGUAUAGCCUGGGACUGCCCUGCCUCUGCCCGGCCCCUGCCUCCUGCCCACCAUGGACUUUGGUGCCUGCCGGACAAGUCAGCGCCCUGCUGCACCCAGCCUCCUCCGUGCCCCAGCUUGGCCCAGCCUCCUGCAGAGCCCUGGGCCCUGAGCCCCCACCAGGGCUGGACGUGGCUGUGUGGUGCCAGGGGCUACCCGGGUCUGGCCAGCCACAAGAGCCGGGCAGUGGGGUAGCCGGGCAGACUGUACAUAGGAUGUAGAGUCUAUACAUACUGUACAGAGAGCGACUAUCUAUGUAGAGAUCUAUCCAUAUGUACCAUAGGCCGCGGCGCCGGCACAGCCGGCUGUACAUAGCGAGCGCGUUGGAUCCUCCUUGUCUUCCGUGAAGACCCGACCUAUGCAAACGCACAGACACUUUUUGGGGAAACAAGCAAACAAACUCGACCUUUUUCAAGUGCUUGGGCUGGUGAUUUUCAUAUUCUGCUCUUAGUCUAUAAAAAAAUAAAAGGAUUAAAAAAACCCGCCUGCCUGGAGUG